CGUGAGGCGGGCGCCAUUUUGUGGCGGCUGCAAAGAGUGGGAACGAAAAGAGGAGGAGGCGCCUCGCUGCUGCUACUACCGCUGCUGCCGCCACGACUAACGCCGCCGCCGCCACCUUCCUUGCUUUUCCUCUCCCGCCUUUUCCUCCCUUCUCUCUUUUUUUAAAAAAACAAUUUUACCUCAGCUCCUUUUUAAAAUAUAUGCCCCUAUAAAUCUCCACCUGCCCUUUUCCCACCCGCUCCCGGGCCUCCUCGUCGGCUCCGUCUUCCAUUUUUCUCCCCUCACACGCGCCCACCACCCAACCGCAACCAUUGCCGACCUCGCUAUGUCUGGUGGCGGCGUGAUCCGCGGCCCGGCCGGGAACAACGACUGCCGCAUCUACGUGGGGAACCUGCCGCCGGACAUCCGCACCAAGGACAUCGAGGACGUCUUCUACAAGUACGGCGCCAUCCGGGACAUCGACCUCAAGAACCGCCGCGGGGGCCCGCCGUUCGCCUUCGUCGAGUUCGAGGACCCCAGGUGGGAAGGGCGGGCGAGGGGCUGCUUCGGGGGCGGAAGGAGGAGGGGAGGGAGAGGGUCGGCCGAAGAGAUCCGUCUUCAGGAACCCGCCGCGGGUUGCACUCGAGAGUAGGCCCCACGAAAUCCAUGGGCCCGACUUCGGCUGCCAUCGUUGACUCCGGGGGGGGGGAGGAUUUGGCUCUUUCGGCGCUUGCAUGCCGCCCGCAGCCGCGGAAUGCGAAACUCGGAACGGCUUCCUUAGCGCGAAUCCUGCCUCGUGCGCACGUUCCUCUUAACACGCCGCUUCUGCCUCGUGUUGCACGCUCGGGGCGAAGGAAUCUCGACGUCAUGUAAAGAAAAACAGCCGCGCUGGGUUAUAUCCCGCGGGCCCAAGUUAUUUGCGCCCGUUAACUUCAGCGGGCCAACUCGAGAGUAGGGCUGGGCGUUGGGUGCCACCCGCAGUUGGAAAUGCGCCGUGGAAACGGAUGAGCACUCCGGUGCGGGUUUUUCCUACAAGGCGCACAUUUUUCUACGUGGUUUUUGGCUAGGUGGUGGUUAUUUUUAAGUGGGGGGGGCAAAGCGAUUUCCCCAAUGUUUUAUAAAAAUCCAGCGUAAAGGCCACUGAUUUCUAUAGUCUGCUUGAGGAGGACUGGGAGGCAGGCGGCCAGUUAGAACCAUUGGGUUGUAUCACACUUUUAUUCAAAAAUAGAAUUGAAACCUGGAGGCAUGAGUCCAUAAGAUUGGGCUCUGUUUCUUUACAUGUUUGAAUCCUUGGGAUUUCUGUUUUACAUGCUUUUUAUAUGUAUGUUUUUAAUACAGCUGUUUUAUUUGUGUUAGGCUGUGUUUUUGUUUAACGUUUUAAUGAUGCAUUGUUUGUUUAUGGGGUACACACCACUUAGAGUUUUUUGAAAUAUUGAGCGGAUUUUAAAUGCUUUUAAAUAAACAAGUUGUGACCCUUAUUUUCAAUGGAUCCACUCUGAGGAUACAAACCAGUAGGUCUACUCUUUAAGUAGGACUAAAAUUGGGCAUAGCCAAUUUUGUGUACUUGUUUAAAAACAGGAUCCUAAAUCAUUACUUUUCAGAAAGUAACAGUUGAAUUCAGUAGGGCUUACCUCCAGGUAAGUGAAGUUAAAGUUGCAGCCUGUGGUGGUGGUUGUUUCUUUCCCCCCUACUUUCAUAGCUCAAUCAGUCUCUGGACAACUAACAAAUUCAAAGGUUUUUAUAUAUCUUUCUUUUUGUCUUCACAACAAUCCUGUGGGGUAGGUCAGGCUGAGAUAAACACACUGGCCCAAGGACCCUAAGGCUUUGGGUGAUGGGGAGAGAGUGUGUUUAUAGCUAGCAGAGCUGUACUUAGAAAACUUCUUUACUACUUCUAGAUAAUUUAUCCUGGCCUUCAUAAGUGCUCUGCAUAUCUAACCAAUCCAAAACCCAUACCUCUUUGUCAGUUCUUGCACCAACCCUGUUAGAUAGGUUAGGCAGAGAAAAUGAGAGUGCCAAAGGCCACUUCAUAUGCUUUAAAGGUUGAAUCAUUUCCUUGUAGUAGCCCUGCUAGGAGGCCAUGCUGAUAUACUGUGACUGGCUCCCAAGAUCCUUGAGCUAGUCACAUGCUGUCAGCUUGAUGUACCUUGCAGGAUGGUUGUAAAGGAUAAAUGAUUUAUAUCCCCACACAACCCCAUGAAGCCCACUGAGCUAUCACUAUCAGCUUUUUUUACUAUUACUCAGCCUGACCUGCCUCACAGGGUUGUUGUGCAAUGCUCAGACAGCCUUGGAGAUAUGGAGGAAUUAAAAUGUAGUAAUAUGCAGUCCCAUAUAAAUCUUUACUAUGCAUUCAUAGGAUUUGACACUGUUGUUUAUUUUCUUGUUUGUUGCUUCAGGAAAGGAAGGUGGGUUGCAGGUAUUAAAUGAAAUAAAAAUGGAAUGAUCCUGUGAGUGCUUGCUUGGAAGCAUGUUUUCCUAAGCCAGUUGUCUUCAAGCCUUUUUGCCCCAAAAUUCAUGUUUAACUCCCAGGCUUUUAGUGGAUGAAAUUUCAUGCUUCACUGUGUAUGUGUAGCAUUGUGUUAAUUAAUUGCUCUUUUUAAAACAAUGUUACAAAAGCUUGUAUUGGCUUACAGCCAAAUGUCAUCACAAUUAUUCUUAAACUUUAUUGCUAGCCACCUUAGAAGCUUCUGCUGAAAUGCAGAGUAGGUUUUUGCUAAAGACACAAACUACAACUUAAAAGUAGGACCCACCCAUUUUUAAAAUUAAUUUUGUAUUGCUUCUUAUGUCUCAAGGGCAGACAGAACCUCUAUACUGCAACUUUUUGUGUAUAAAGUGAGAUUUUAUUUGGGAGAAACUAUGCCUGUGGAAAUUUCCACUUUCACAACUUUUCAGAAUUUAUGGGGCUGUUCUUCAUUGCCUCUGUUUUCUCCUGUUUUUAUCAAUUGUCCCAAUGCUUUUGAAUGCAUAGAAGAUUACAACAUAUUACAUAUUUGUGAGCAGUUUGGUAAAAAAAAAACCAUUUGCAUGCUUUCCUGUUCAUCUCUAUGUGUAAAAGGGUAAAAUAUUUUUCUUAUGAAUAAAAAUUUAGGGGAGGGACCUGGAAAUUCCCCAAGAGUGGUGCAAGCCCUGGGUACUGGUGUAGGCAGACAUCAUUUACUGCCUCUCUCUUGAGACUCAAGAGAACUUUUUACAGUUUUAUUGAUUUUUCUACAUGGAAUCCCACAACUCAAGGCUUUUGUACACACAUCCCAACAUGGUUAUACAGCAGAAUCUUAAGACAGAGAGAGCUGAUCUACAAGUUGUGCACAAUGCAGUAGAAUAAUUCCAAACUAGCAUUUCAUACUACAAAUUGAAUUAUUAACACUGAAGAGAGGAUUAGAGUGACCAUCUUCCUGAGGUGCUACUUCAACUAUAAGCAGUCUCUGUAAACACCUCACUUGAAGUCUAGUGGUCAGCUCAGAAUUCUUUCAGUUCAUUCUGUGUAUGUAGGACUGUGGAGUUCAGUUUACUAACUUGUAAGUGUACAUAGAGUUGCAGAACUUUAAAAGUUCAUUUAUUAUUUUUUGUACUGUUCGUUCUGGUUUUUUAACAAGAGCAUGCAUAUAUGGCAAGUAGUUUUCUUAUAAAAGUAGUGGCUAGUAUUCAACUAAAUCAUUAUGGACAAACCUCCCCUCCCAUUUUCUCACCCCACAAGCUCUCCCAUCUGCUCUGUGGCUUCCCCUAAUGAUUCAGAACAGAUUUGGGACUGUGCCAGAGAAGGGGGCAGGGAGGGAAGGAAGGAAAAGUUCACAGUGAUUUAGUUGGGAUACAGCUCAGUACAUGUUACUAAAAUCUUGUUAAUGACUUAAAAUCAUGUCUUUCUUUUACAUAAAAGUAACAUUCUUUUAAGUAAUUAACAAGGUUUUAGUUCCUGUUCUAUUGUGGUGGUCUGGUUCCUUCAUGCAUUGGCAUAGCACAUGCAAAUAUAAAAGGCUCCACAAUGCAUAAACUCAGGCACUUGCUUGAUUUUGAUUUUAUCCAGCCUUUCCCUGUAGCUGUCUAUAUACCACUGUGUGUUUAGGCUGGGAUCCCUUGUAUGAGUUGCUUCCUUGUUCCACCUACCUUUGCUUUGCUUUUCCUUCUCAAACCCCCACCAGUGGGUCAAAUUCCAUGCUUGACAUGACACAGGGUACAGCUCUCUUACUUGUUUCCCAGUUCUAGCUCAGGGUUUUCCAAACUUGGGUCUCCAUCUGUUUUUGGCCUACAACUCCCAUCAUCCCAGACCACUGGUCCUGGUAGCUAGGGAUGAUGGGAGUUGUGGUCCAAACAGCUGGAGGCAAAAGUUUGGGAAACACUGAUCUAGUGCUACACCAUUCCAACCUAACUUGUGCUCAGGUGAAAAGUUUUGUCACUCAGGACUGUUGGUUUCUCCCCUUGCAACUGCAAGCCUAUAUAGGAUAGUGACCUGUACUUCUAGUGUCAUUUACUUAACAAGGGGGGGGGCAGUGACAUGCUGCCCAGUAACAAACGCACAAUGCGCUGCCAGCUCUGAGGAACCUUUGAUCUAUCUUCAGUGUGGUUCUCUUCCAUUUUUGCAGGGAUGCGGAGGAUGCAGUCUAUGGACGGGAUGGAUAUGAUUAUGAUGGGUAUCGUCUACGAGUGGAGUUUCCUCGAAGUGGACGGGGCACUGGCAGGGGAGGAGGAGGCGGUGGAGGUGGUGGGGCCCCAAGGGGCAGAUAUGGACCCCCAUCCAGGCGAUCAGAGUACAGAGUGAUAGUAUCAGGUAAGUCAUUUGUGCACUUGGGAAAAGCAGCUUUCUUCAAAUACAGCUUGAUCAUCUAGGAAGAAGAUAAUACACAUAUGCAUGUAUCAAAUGUAUUUCCGCUUGCAACUUUGGGCAGGUAUAUAGUGAGUUCUGAGAAUUUGGCAUGCUGCAAAGCUUAGUUUUCAUUUUUUAAAAAAGUGGUUGUUUGGUCUUGUUAAAAAAAAAGCAAAAGCAAGCUUGCAAUGGUUAUUUGGGGCCCUAGUGCCUUAUAGAGCUUCCUGCUUCUGUUGCCUUUUUAAAACAAAACAAUAAGCCUUUGUACUUUCCAAAAAUCCUGAAACCUGGAUGUAUGUACUUAAACGUGUUGUUAACAUGCAACUUUCUGGAAAAAUUGAAUUUCUACUUGUGACCCUCUAAAGACAGUUCUUUCUUGAGUAUAUGAAGGUCUGAUGGCAUCAAUCUCUGCUGAAUAGCAUUUAACUGAAAAUAACUGUCUCUUGUUCAGGACUACCUCCCAGUGGAAGCUGGCAGGAUUUAAAGGAUCACAUGCGUGAAGCAGGUGAUGUAUGUUAUGCUGAUGUUUUCCGAGAUGGAACUGGUGUCGUGGAGUUUGUACGGAAAGAAGAUAUGACCUACGCAGUACGAAAACUGGAUAACACUAAGUUUAGAUCUCAUGAGGUAGGUUUUCCACUUAAUGUUUUGACCAGAAUUGGAUGCACAGGGUUACAAUUGGAUGCAAUAGGAUGGAAGGUAAGGAGGCGCAGUCUCUAUUUGCAGCGUUAACAAAUACUGAAAACAUGUUGGGACAUCCCGUGUUAAGAAUGGUAUGCAGGGAGAUGUGAUGAAACUCCUCUUGGUUCUUGUAAAAAGACCUUCAGUCUGUCAGCAUGCCUGCAAAGACAGCUCAAAAGCGUAGACCUUUCAAUCGAAAGUUGUGUCUAUUUGAUAGGGAGAAACUGCCUACAUCCGUGUUAAAGUUGAUGGCCCAAGAAGUCCGAGUUACGGAAGAUCUCGCUCUCGCAGCCGUAGUCGUAGCAGAAGCCGUAGCCGAAGCAACAGCAGAAGUCGCAGUUAUUCCCCGAGAAGAAGCAGAGGAUCUCCACGCUACUCUCCCCGUCACAGCAGAUCACGUUCCCGUACAUAAAUGAUCUUUAAUGGUGCUCCUUUUUGUAGAAAACCCCUCCAUGUUGUACGCAGUUUUCCUUUACUCAGUACAGUCUUUCUUUUUUAAAAAAAAAAAUUCAAGCUGUUUUACUCAAAAUUGGCUAAAGUGUUGAAUUGCAUUCUUGUAUAAUAUCCCUAGUGAGUAUUUGCUCCUUAACAUCAACAUUCCCUCAUGUCUUUGAUGAAAUGUAUUUUACCAUGUCCUAGGCAGGGUUCUCUCUAGUUAGGUAGUUUGCUGCCCAUAUUCUCUUCCAAUAUGGUAUUGCUGUAUAAAAUGUCUUUGUUCAACUAUGGUUUCUACAAGCUGGGAAUGUUGGGGGGAAAUUGUGGUUUAACUUGUCUCUUCUGGGGGAGUUUACAUUUUUAUCUUGCCUUUUCAUGUGUCUUUCUGUAGACAUAUCUGAAGAGAUGGAUUAAGAAUGCUUUGGAUUAAAGGAUUGUGGAACACAUGUCAAUCAUUUUAGGAUUGUCAAAAGGAGGAUUGAGGAGGAUCAGAUCAAUAAUGGAGGCAAUGGUAUGACUCCAAGUGCUAUUGUCACAGAUUAAAUUGGCAGUAUUGAUCUUAUACUGAAACUAGCCUAGUACACAACACCUCCAUUGUUCCAUUAGUUAGCUGUAAUCUUCUAACUUCCAUGAUGCAAUGAAUGCUAAAUGUACCCAUGUAACUCUUCCAGUCUCUGGGGGUGGGGGGCGUAUGCUGAGUGACUGCAAUGUAUCAUUUGAUUACAGGUGCAAACCAUUAGUGCACCUGUAAAGUACAGGUUGUUUCAAACCUGUAAGUAUAACCUCAAUACUGCUAAAAUCUGCAUGUCCUCUGUGUGACUGAUAUAGCAUUGCUGUUUCAUCUUAAAAGUAACAGAAUGAAAGCAAUUAUAGGAGGGGUUUUUAAACAUGGGGGAUUCUUUUUAAAUCCACGUCUUCCCCUUCAGGAUAAGUCGAGAGUUGACUUGCAUCAAUUAAAUUUGUUACCUCCCAGAUAGUACAAUAAUGAGCUUUUAGUUUAGAUAUGCAGUAGGUGGAUAGCUUUAGCAGCAAGUAUUUGCAACUUCAUAGAAAACUUUUUUCAACCACCAAACCUGUAAAGCGCCAUAUAGGAAUUGAUAUGUUGGCAUUAUCAGUCACCCUGUGUAAAUACUAGAAUGUUUCCUCCAGAUAAUUAACAUUGCUGAAAUCUAAGCUUCACAAUUCAAAAGCUUGUCUUGGGGAAUUGAUAGUUAUGAAUGCCAAUCUUUAUUAUUCAAUAGCAGACAUAACUUAUCAUUCUCCUAAAUCCUAUUUUUCAUUACGGUAUCUAACUUUUUGCCUCCUUUUUUUUGGUUUUGCUGGUUAUAAAGGUUUGGAUUGGAGAGGGCUCACUGGAUCCCAAUCCUUGGAGCUGGAUCAUUGGAUUCAAAUCAUAAUGUGGAUAGGAUAGGGAGGAUCAAUUGCAAGGAUUCAUGGAGCGGGAUCAAAUUACCAGGAACAUAGGAGUGGAUUCCUGCCCCAACCAAACCGCAUUCGUGUGGAUUUUUAUUCAACUCAAUUGGCUAUUCCAAAGAUUUUUCCUAUUUUUGACGAUUGGAGCCCUUAAGAUGCACGAUGGAGUUUUCAUUUUUUGGUAAAAGGAGCAAAGCAAGGACCUGGAGAGGUACGCUGGAGCAUUCUCCUUGGAAGGAUUCAGCACGAGUAGAUGGUAAAUGUUAAACGGGAAAAGGGGGGGUUUGUUUAAAAACGUUAAACCAAUAAGUCAUUUAUCUAAAUUUAAAGACAAAGAAAUUGGAGUCUUAAGAUUAAGUAGGUUUUCAAUUGGCUAUUGCCUUUUUUUCUUUUGACAAAAUAAAAUUUUAUAAAAAAGUGCAUGGUGGUUCUGUUGUAUUAAAUAAUGCCCUCUUGCAUUGUCUUGUGCCAUGAUGAAUGAAUUCAGCCUUUAAGCUCCUUGGCCUGGGAACUGAAUGGGUAUUUGUGGCCUGUUCAUUUGCAUUGGAUCCCUGUCACCCCAUGGGAACAGUGGUGAGCCGUGAAGAGGGUUGAGUUUGACCCCUCUUGGAAGUUGAGCAUCCUGGAUCCUACAUGGUCAUGCAGCUGGAGUUCAAGCAAUGUAGUCUGCUCCUCUAUAGUGGGAUAGAAAACAUUGUUCAAGGGCUCUCACAACUGUUGGUGAGUGCAGAUUUUGGAUAACAAGGUAAGACUAUUUGACUUCUGUAUUGGGCAAGACAAGUUUAUCAAGCCAGUGCUUUAGUUUCGUGUAAAUAGACCUUGGAAUGUGGGCUGACUCACUGUUCCAUUGCCUUGCCUUCCUACUUAAGAGCUCUUGAAGGGCCGCACUUGUGGGCUAAAAGUUAAUCCAAAGAAAGUACUUUCCUGAAAGAUAAAUGGCAGCAUCUGCUUGAGGCCACCUCAUGGAUCCUGGUCUCCCAGGCUCAACACUGUCAACCCUGCACUUUGCUGGCCAUUAAGUCUAGUUCCAAAUGUGGUGGGCUGUAGCACCUGUCCCCUGUGCUAGGCAGUACUUCUCACCGCUCUUGACACAUCCUGUAUGCAAGUAAAGCGAUGCACCCAUCGCUCCACACACAUGCUCAAAAACUAAGGUAUUGCAACCUAACAGCUAUAAAAGUCUGAUUAGCUGACGAGUAGGGGGUGCAUUUUUAAGUAAGGUGAGGAAGAGCCAGUGUGUUACAAUGUGAACCACACAAUCUCUGGUUCCUGCUAAUCUGGAAGUGAUGAGGAUGUCCUUAUUGUUGUCCAGUACUUGCUACGUCAGCUGCUAUAAAGCUGUGUGCCUUAAGAUGUAGUGCUUGCAGCUAGUUCAUACUAACUAGAGUGGCAGGAAUAGUGCCGGCAAAAUCAUCCGAUAGGCUACAUUGUGAUGAAGCCAUUUAAGGUAGAAUAAGCACCAGUCUCUUGGGAGUUCUGAGGGUAUAAACAAGUUCUUUGGCCAUGCAUCAAAUGCUAAAAGUUACCUUUUAGCAGGCAAACACAAAGGGCCCUGGAAUGACACUGGAUCCUUUGUGUGGUUCUUCACCCCUGUUUAAUUGUGUAGCUCAUUGGAUGAAGAUUGGAUCCUGAAAGGCUGGGUUCAGAUCUCUUAGCCAUAGAGUUUACUGGGUCAGGGCCAGUCAGUAUCUCCACCUUCCUCACAGCUAUUGAGGAAGAGGUAGAGAGGGAGUGCCCUAUUUGUAGUGCUUAGGUUUUUGCCUUCACUGGUGCUGGGGAGGCCCUGUGCAUCACAGCUGCUUUUUCAAAGUCCAGUAAAGUCCUCUUGAACUGUAAUGACUGAGGAACAGUGAGCUUCCUCAGAAAUGUAAACUGAAAAUAGCUUCUUGGGUAACUGCUGCAUGAUGAGACUUUGAGCCUUGCUGAGGUAAACAGGAUUCUAAUGAUAAAAGGUCUACGCUUGUUUAGUAAUGGCUAAAAAGGCACAAACAAGACAAAGGAAAAAGGUAAAUAUUCAUCAGGGGGAAAGCCAGACCUGUAAUUAACAUGUGACUUGCCUUUGCAUAAUAAAACACCUGGGUCUUAGCUUGCGGCAAAAGAUUGUCAGCCUCAUAAGGUUUCUGGUGCUGGAUCAAACACCCUAGAGUACGGCACUUGCUGCAUAAUAAUGCAAAUUAUAGCCUUCAAUAAUUGGCACAUGAUCCUUCAAUAAUUGGCAUAUGAUCAAGUUGCUUCGUGGAAAACAAAGUGAUACUGUGGUAGGGGGAAGCCUCUGGCUUCUCUUAGCCAUUAUUGGAGCUACUUCUCAUGAUUUACUACUAGAGAAUCUACACUUUUCUCAAGAAACUACUUGGAAGCAAAAAAUAAAUAAAAAGGUUAAUGCUCCUGAAUGUAUGUUUGUAGUUGGGAUUAGCAGUUGGGGGACUUGCAGCCAAGUAAAACAGGAAUGGGGAGCUCCUAGCCUUCCAGAAGUUGCUGGCCUACUCCAUUAUCCCUUUCUUCUGACCAUGUUAGCUGGGGCUGAUGGGAAGUGGAUCCCCACAGCUGAAGGGCACCUUAUUGGUUAUUCCUGGUUUAAGGAAUACAAUUCUGCACACUUAAAGUUCAGCUCUUGCCUGAAUCCCACCUGCACUCCAGAAACUUUAAUCUCUUACACGAAUGUGUCUGCACAUGUGGGGUGACAAAGUGCCCAGUUGUCAGAAGCAGUAAUUAGUAGGUAGCGAUCAGAAUUAUCAUUUGCGUAGGAUGGAAAGGAAACUCCUUUCAGUUAAAUCCAAUGCUGCCAUUCUGCUUUUGCAGCUUAACUUUUCCUCCACUGAGCAGCCUGUUGUUCAGCCUCAAAAUCUCCAGGGGGCUUGGAGAGACUAGCAGAUUUUGGGGUGAGCAUGGGUAGGAGAGAGAGUCUUAUUAAUGCAAGCAGAACUUGCAUUAUUGUAUUUAAAAUUUUGAUCCAACCUGGAACCUCAUGGUAAAACAAACAAAUAAUAAAUAAUUCAAAGAGUAAAAACAGGAGUAUAUAAUACCACUCCAAUGGCUGCAGUGGAUGAACCUCUCAGUGAUAUGCAUAAUUGCAUCUGGUAGAACCGGGGGGUUGCAGUGUCAGAUUAUUUGCCAGAUCCUGACCACAGAAUAUCCUUGUGAAGACCUUUGGCCAUAAGCCAGUGGUUUUCAACCUUUCUGAGUCCACGGCUCCCUUAAACAACUACAUUCUUUCUGUGGCACCCUUGUGGGGCCCAGGAGCCCAGUUAUGUCACCCCUUGCCUGCCGAGCUGGCAGCCUCACGCUUUUUCAAACACCCUCCCUUGUGCAAUGCUCCCUUAGCCACCUCUCUCCCCUCUCCUUGGGAAUCCUCCAGGCAGCUACUGCUGCCGCCCCUGGUCUCUGAGCUGCCUCCACCCAGUGCCUGCAGAGCUUAUAGCCAGGGCUGCUGCAACUAACAGCUGUGCAAGUAUUUGGGAGGCUGGGGCUCUAGAGGGCAUCAGAGGAGAAAGAGGGACAGAGGUUUGACUAGUAUCAGCAAUGUGAUUGGCACCUGGGUUGGGCAAGUAAUCCUUUGGUUGCUGCAGUUGGAAAGUGGCAAAGCGUGGGAAGGGUGCAGUGGGGAGGUUUUAACAGGCUUGUAAAGAAGUUUGCGAGGUGGAGAAGACCUGUGACCCUCCAGAUGUUGCAUGGCUGCAACUCCCUUCCCUGACCCAUGCCGGCUGGGGCUGGUGGGAUCUGAAGUCCAACAUCUGGAGGGCCACAGGUGUCCCCCCACCCCAGCAUGAAACUUGAGAAUCCAUGGUUGAGCAAUGCUUUUUAUUGGGACCUGCAAAAAUGUGACGAGCUUUCAAGAUGUCCAAGACACUUCGUCAGGAGAGCUCAAAAGCUUCGCUUCUGCCACAUUUUCAUAGGUCCCAAUAAAGGUAUGGCUGCACUGGUUUUUACGAACCAACAUGGUUACAUUAGCUUUUUAAGUGCAUUAAAUGUUAGUGUAUGAUCUGCCCCUUUUUUUAGUUCAGAGAAUAAAAUUGUGUGUGCUAGAGUUAAAUGGACUCCAGGAUUGCCCUCUUACUUUUAAAAAUGUGUGCUGCUUUUUGGUAAUCUCUUUGAUUCUGUUUUCUGCUUGCUGCUCAUAAAAAUGUAGAAAAAAAAUAAAUCGAUAAAACCAGGAAAUGAAACAUGAACUCUCUGGCUGCAAUUAGUUUGCAUAUCGUUUCUGUUAACAGAUGACUGAGGCAUGCAGACUUGGAGCCCUGCUGGUGGAUGAUUUGAACUUGGAGCCAGGAGAGGAUUCCUAGAGGCUUGCCUAUCCAAAAGACAACCCUUUUCCUCCUUGAAUGUUUUCAGGCCCUUGCAGAACAGUUCAGCAGUACACGGGAGAGGAGGAGACCCGUUUUUGUUUGUUGGAUCACGGCCUGGCAAGCUUUAGCAUAGAAUUCCUUCAGCAUCACUGCCAUUGUAUUUCCUGGAGUCCAUAUCCACCAAAGGGGAAGAGGGCAUUUAGGCAUUGCAGCGACUGAGGACUGUUGAACCCUGCUGGAUGCGAUUCCUCUCAAAAUGGGGUGGGUGCAGAUUGGCCUUUUUUGAUUUUCAAAUGUAGUUGGCAUUAACAUUUUCAUAGAGACCUCAAAUUGCCAAUGGCUGCUGGCAUUUUUGUUCAAGAGCCAUCUCUGUAGCCAGUAAGCAGCAUACAAACUACAUAAGCAACACCAGAUCUCUGAGCACCCAGGCACUGCAAUGUACUCAGACUCAACUAGUCACAACCUUGUGCUUCUUGCCUGACAGUGUGCAAGUUGUUAAGCAUAUCCACCAUUCCAGACAUGCACACACUCUUACUUCCCUCAAGUAAGGGAAGGGAAGUUCAGCAUACUGCUGAACCUACUGAAUACAAAUCCUUUGUCAGAGGUCACAUACAGAAUUUGGCAGAGACAGGACUUGAACACAGGACUCCUAAAAUCCAUGUCCAGUUCUUGUUUUCUAUGCCCUCGCAACUCAGAAAUCUUGUGAUCUGAAGCAUUUAUAAAAGUUGAAUUUACUUCCAUUACUACCAUACUUGUGGCUCUUGAUUUCCUUUGCAACUCUAGGUCAUGAGGCCUAUGUAUUGGAGGUCCUAAAUAAUUGUAUUUAAAGCAUUUCAUAAAGGACAGUGCCAUGCACCAGAAUUUCAUCAUGUCACAAACAAGGACCAAAUACUUCCUCUUCCCCAGCUGUGGUCAUUUAGUUUUGGAACUAGUCCGUUGAAAAUAGUACAGCAACUGAAUUAAGUAAAAAUCACUGGGGCCCUAAAACGACAUAUUUUGAAAAGCUGCACAAUUCAAAGACUUGGGAAAAUGCUCUAAAACAGUUCUUAAUGAGCUGUGCCAUUGGACUCUUGAGAUCGCAUUCACAUUCCCACGGUGCUAAAUCACCCUUUCUGGCAAUCCUUUUUCACUCUUUGCAAGCCAUGACUCCUGCAAAAAUGAGCAAUGGCUUAAUUCCUAGUGACUUCUGCACGUGUUUACUGGAUAAAUUACACCCCCUCCCCCUUGGUUCUUGCUUAACGUAUGGGCUCCAUGUCAAUUUAAUAGCUGCACUGCUGAGGAACUGAGUGCAAUGCGGGGACACCUAACCUUAGUUCUGAAAAGUGCGAUGUUCUGUAACACUGCUUGCACCCUUGAAUUCUGUUUCAAAGAUCCAAAGAACCCUUGACUGCAGAAAACCACCUUACACCGAGGUCAGACCAAUGGUCCAUGUAGCUCAGUAUUGUUUGGCUCGCCAAGAUUGAAGGCAGGCUUCUCUCCCCAUCUUAUUUAGAGAUACUGGCAACUGAAGCAGGGGUGUCUCUGCAAAGCAGAUGGUUGUCACUGAGCUGCGCCCCUGCCCCUAACAUCACAACCAGUUUCUUGCGCCCCAAGCAAAUGUUCCUCAAUGGGUCUUCAACGGCACAUAUGGAAACCACUUUCGGAACAAGAGGGGUGUUUUUUAAGGGCGGUUUGUUAGAGUCAACAAGUUAUGCUAGACUUGUGCAGAUGUCUCAAAAGCCACAGUACCCGCUUUUCCUGGAAAGCCUUUCAUUAUUGUUUACAACAAACCAGUUGAAGAUCUGUUUCUCUGUUAGGCCUUCAGUCCGUCUGCAACUCUGGGUUCAUGAUAGGGAUGGAUGAAUCCCAUCUUACUGCAAGUCCUUCACUCUCACAAGUGUUUGCUCUUAAGUCCAUAUUAAAAACAACCAAAAGUUUUCGUUUC